GGGAACCGAAUUCUAGGCGAUGAGGCACAAUUAUGAGGAAUUUUUUAAUUAAACGACUGCUGCAGACACACACCAGCCUACAAUAUGCUAAGCAACAGCCCCACAAUCUGAAGGGGAAGAGCAAGAGCUCCCAGGAUUGGCUGACACGCCAAUUGGCGGAUCCGUAUGUGGAGAAGGCGCGAAUGUUGAAUUUUCGUUGCCGCAGCGCCUUUAAGUUGCUGGAAAUCGACGACAAAUACAAAAUUCUGAAACCCGGCGAUGCGGUUCUGGAUUGUGGAGCAGCACCAGGCAGUUGGAGCCAAGUGGCCGUCGAACGCACCAAUGCCACCGGAAACAUAGAAAAGGCGCCCGUCGGCGCUGUUUUCAGCAUCGAUCGGCUGCAUUUUCAUGCCGUGCCGGGCGCCACAAUUUUCGGUGGCAUGGACUUUACCAAACCCGCCUCGCAGCAAAGAUUACGGGAGGCGCUGGGCGAUCGGCCCGUUAAUUGUGUAUUGUCCGACAUGGCGCCGAAUGCCACGGGGAUUCGCAUGCUCGACCAAGAAAACAUCAUCAAUCUGUGCUAUGUAGUGCUGCGCUUUGCCAUAUCCAUGUCGGCGCCGCAUGCCAACUUGGUGGUCAAGGUCUGGGAUAAUGGAGAUGUGCCCAAGCUAGAGCGGGAUAUCCUACGCUUCUACGAGAAGGUGAAGCGCGUCAAGCCAAGAGCGAGUCGCAGCGAUUCAGCCGAACACUUCCUAGUAGCGCGUAGCUUUAAGGGUACACAAAAAGAAAGCAGUACGUAGCUAGUUAAUUCUUUUUGAUCUUGUAGUUUUCCGAUUCACGAUUUUCGAGUCAUUCGCGUUACUUUGAAAAGUUCGCAGCACCUUUCUAAAAGAACUGAAAGAAUAGUUACACAACUGAUUAAAAAAUAUAUUAUUUUUUUAUUUAAAAUCAA